GAAUUGAAAAUCUAUAAAAAAUAAAGAAAAAACGACUUUUAAGUUUCUUUUUAUACACGUCUUUUCAUCGUUUUAGAUGACUAGCUCAGGAGAUAUUGCACCUGGUAUAAACAUGCCCAAAAAACGUGAUCCCCGUCUGCGCGGAAUUCAAGCUCCGCAAACAAAGCAAUUUUUCGAUUCAGCCGAUUACGAGGUUCGGCGUCAGCAAAACGUAAGCGCUCCACAACUACAGCCUCAAGCGCAAACUAGGCCUACUUCUUAUUCCUAG